AUGGAGAGCAUGCAGAAGUGCCCCUUCACCAGUGUCAUCCCGUACGGGAUGCUGUACGAGAAGCUGAAAAAGGAGAAGAACAACCAACUUCCCGAGAACGUGGUGAUCGAGCAGUUUGACCAGCUGCUGACGACAUACGAAAGGCCGAGCCCCUAUGACGCAAAUGGACAGAUCUGCAUAUCCAACCAAAGCGAUUUGUUCCUCUUCCAGAUAGACAUAGAAUACACAGUGGAUAACAUCUUCAAGAACAUGGUCUCCAUGAAUGAUGGGACACCGAAUGGAAGUGCCUUAGCCGAUAUCUUCUCUACUUACCGAAGCAUGCUCCAAAACAGUGAGAAGAACUACAUCUCCGUGCCGGUCAUCCACAUUUACACUGUAACCAACGAUGGCUAUAGUGCGCUUGUCAGCGUUCACAACUUUUUCCCCUAUUUUUAUGUGGAGAUGCCAAGCAACUUCCAAAAGGAAGACCUCCUAAAGCUCGAGUGCAUGAUGAAUGACAACCUUAACAUGAACAACCAGUACAAAAUGUAUGAACAGAAAAUUAUGAACAUUGAAAUUGUGAAAACGGAGAGUCUAAUGUAUUAUAAACGAGAAGGAAAAAAAAACUUCCUAAAGAUCACCGUCCUUCUUCCUAAGAUGGUUCCUACGUUGAAAAAAUAUUUCGAAGGUAUUGUUAAUGUAAAUGGAAAAAACAUCGGUGGGAUUGUAUAUGAAGCCAACUUGCCCUUCAUUCUACGUUAUAUAAUUGAUAAAAAAAUCACCGGUUCUUCUUGGCUACUCUGCAAAAAAGAGAACUUUUACAUUCGACCAAGACAUAAAAAAAUAUCCAACUGCUCCUUCGAAAUUGAUAUAUCCUUUGAACAUCUAGAACCUAUGCCACUAGAGAACGAAUUCCAGCAAAUCCCAAAGUUAAGAAUUCUAUCCUUCGAUAUAGAGUGUAUCAAACUAGAUGGAAAGGGAUUCCCCGAAGCGAAAAACGAUCCCAUCAUACAAAUAUCUUCCAUCCUCUACUUUCAAGGAGACCCCAUUGGAAAAUGCUCUAAAUUUAUCUUCACCCUAAAGGAGUGUGCUAGUAUCCCAGGUUCUAAUGUCAUAUGGUUCCACGACGAGAAGACCUUACUAGAUGCAUGGAAUGAGUUUAUCACAAGACUAGAUCCAGAUUUCCUAACUGGUUACAACAUUAUAAAUUUUGAUUUACCAUACAUCUUAAACAGAGGCACUGCCCUUAACUUGAAAAAGUUGAAAAUGUUAGGCAGAAUAAAAAACAUCAGUAGUGUUGUUAAGGAUUCCAACUUUUCAUCAAAACAAUUUGGGAACCAUGAGACCAAGGAAAUUAACAUAAAUGGAAGGAUUCAAUUUGACGUAUACGAUCUUAUAAGGAGGGAUUACAAAUUGAAAUCGUACACAUUAAAUUACGUCUCCUUCGAAUUUCUGAAGGAACAAAAGGAAGAUGUGCACUAUAGCAUUAUGAAUGAUCUGCAAAAUGAAAGCCCAGAAUCCAGAAAGAGAAUAGCUACUUAUUGUAUAAAAGAUGGAAUUCUUCCUCUACGUUUAAUAGAUAAGUUAUUGUUUAUUUACAACUACGUAGAAAUGGCAAGAGUUACGGGUACUCCCUUCGUUUACCUUCUCACAAGAGGCCAACAAAUAAAGGUUACCUCACAGCUCUAUCGCAAAUGCAAAGAAUUGAAUUAUGUUAUCCCUAGUACGUAUAUAAAAUCUGGUAGCAAUGAAAAAUAUGAAGGUGCUACGGUUUUAGAACCCAUAAAAGGGUACUACAUAGAACCCAUUUCGACGCUCGACUUUGCAUCCCUAUACCCAUCUAUCAUGAUAGCACACAAUUUGUGCUACUCCACCUUAGUCAAAAACAACUCAGAGAUCGAGGGACUCGAGCAGGAAGAUAUCACCUCCAUUCAAGGAAAAAGCAACAUCAAAUUUGUAAAGAAAUCUGUCAAGAAAGGUAUCCUCCCCAUGAUCGUAGAAGAAUUAAUAGAUGCAAGAAAAAAAGUUAAGCUUCUCAUCAAAAAUGAAAAAAAUAAAAUUACCAAAAUGGUACUUAACGGAAGACAACUAGCACUGAAAAUUUCAGCAAACUCUGUCUACGGAUACACGGGUGCUGCCUCAGGGGGGCAACUACCCUGUCUAGAAGUCGCGGUAUCUAUUACAACCCUUGGAAGAUCUAUGAUUGAUAAAACGAAAGAAUCUGUCGAAAAAUAUUAUAACAAGAGCAACGGAUUUGAACACAACUGCACCGUGGUUUAUGGAGACACAGACUCAGUGAUGAUCAAAUUUGGCACCAGCAGUAUUGCCGAAGCAAUGGCCUUAGGGAAGGAUGCCGCGCAAAGGAUAAGCAAAGAGUUUCUGCACCCAAUAAAGCUAGAAUUUGAAAAGGUUUAUUGUCCCUACCUAUUGCUUAACAAAAAGAGGUACGCAGGGUUGCUCUACACCACACCAGAAAAACACGACAAAAUGGACUGCAAAGGAAUUGAAACUGUUAGGAGGGAUUUUUGCAUUCUCAUCCAACAAAUGAUGGAAACUGUUUUGAACAAACUCCUGAUCGAGAAAAACCUCGACAGUGCGAUCGAAUACACAAAAAGCAAAAUUAAGGAUCUACUCACCAAUAACAUCGAUAUGAGUCUCCUCGUGGUAACAAAAUCCUUAGGAAAAACUGAUUAUGAAACGAGACUUCCCCACGUGGAAUUGGCAAAAAAGUUAAAACAAAGAGACAGCGCCACUGCACCGAAUGUAGGAGAUCGUGUUAGCUAUAUUAUUAUCAAAGGGGUUAAAGGACAGGCACAAUACGAACGAGCAGAAGACCCACUCUAUGUCCUAGACAAUAAUCUAGCCAUUGAUUAUAACCACUACCUAGAUGCUAUUAAAAAUACUCUCUCAAGAAUUUUCGAAGUUAUUAUGAAUAAUUCAGACUCCCUUUUCUGUGGUGAACACACAAGACACAAAACCAUUUUAACAUCCAGCCAAACUGCUCUGUCCAAAUUUCUACAGAAGGCAGUCAGGUGCAUUGGAUGUAACAGUUCCAUCAAGAAACCCCCUCUUUGCAACCACUGCAAAUCCAACAAGGAGUUGUCCAUCUACAUGCAAAAAAUGAAUAAUUUUAAAAAAAAACAGAAUGAGUUUUUUCAGCUAUGGACUGAGUGCCAACGUUGUCAGGGAAACCUGCACGCUGAGGUCAUCUGCAUGAAUAGGGAUUGUCCCAUCUUUUACAGGAGAGCCAAAAUUAAGAAGGACAUGGCCAACGUUCAGGAGCAGAUAACAGCUCUCCGCGCCGACUGGUGA